AGCCUGACAUUCACGUUUAAGGACAAGCAAGGCUUUCGGAAGAUUAGAGGCCAGAGAAAAUACCGGAUAAGCAAACCAAAACAAAGAGGACAGACAAUAGACUGGAAAGAAGUGGAAGGACCUGUUUCCCCAGACAAAAGAGGCAUGGUGGAGGGCAAAGGGCUAGCAAACACAACAAGAGUUUGACAGGUCAGGACAGAAUAGGGAGGGUAAGAACUUCUACAGAGAGAAAGAAGUCCACUAAACUGGUGUGACAUUAACAUUAAGAUAGACUUCCUGGAUGAGAAAAAAGGGGAGAGGAGGAAGAAAUAGAGCGAGAAACGGUGGGAGAGAAAGAUGGAUGUAGUGCAGGUGAAGAGGGCGGGGUUGAGACAACUCUGAACGUGUGACUUAGACAAACACAGAGCCACACAACACAGUAAUCCCUGGAGCCUGACAAACCCCCUGAGAGGAGAGAGAAUGGGAGAGAAACCACAACACUAACCCUGGACUACACACACUGACACGCAACAGGGAAAAUGUAUGAAAUGUGUUGGUUUAUGUCACGGAAAGGGCAAAGGAUUAUAUCACUGGAUUGUUAAGGUUUCUUUCUCAAGGUCUGAGGCACACACACAGGGAAAGAGGUAAGAUGACUACACUGUGUUUACUUUGUCUGUGAUUGUUUUAUAAUGAUUUGUCUGAACUAGAUAUUGGUUCCAUUACUGUAUACUGUAUAUACACGAUAGAGAUUGUGUGUGUUCGUCUGCUGAGUGUGUGUGUUUACCGGUUUGUCUGUAGGUGUGUGUCCUUGUGCUUUUCCUGCUUGCAAAAAUGCAGCUGGACUGGUUAAGUAAUCACUGCACUCAGUGACACAAACAGGUGGUUAGGGACUUUAGUUUCUUCGUGUAACUGGGAGACACAUGUUCAUCGUUGACCUACAGUAAAACAGUAGUAAUGUGUUAAUGGAAAACCAGGCAGAAGCCCCAGAUGCUGUGCCACAUAGGCUACACUCUGGUGUACAGCUAUGCAUUGGUGCUGCAAUGUGAUGCAUGUGAUGCUUCAUAUCAGGAUGUGCCCUUUUGUUGUGAAGCUUGGGCAUAUCAUUUUGCAUUCACAGCUACAAUGAGCUGCUAUAGGGGCUAUUGUGUAUGUGAGAGUAAAAUGAGGGAGGGGGCAAUGCGUAAGAAUUGAUUUCCUUAAAGUUGUAGUACAAUUUCUGAAUAAAUUGGAGGUGUGUGUGUGUCGAUGAUAAUCACAAGUUGUGUAACAGUAACUGAAAAGUCGCUGGUUCGAAUACUGGAGCCGACAAGGUGAAACAUCUGUCUCGUGUGUCUUUCGGAGGAGGGGUUGGGAUAAAGCAGUAGUUCAAUUAAGUUCGAAUAAAGUUAUCAUAAUCUCAAUCUUAAUUCACAUCACAGGAUCUGAUCUAAUUGGUCCACUAUAAACAGAGGAUCUGAAACUCACUAUUACUGGUCAUCAUGUGAUGAUGAUGUUGUUCAUCAUUCAUGUGAUUAAUCCGUUCUUGUAUUUGAAUGUUUAAGCAGGUUAUGUAUGUAAGUGUGACCUUUCCUCAUGGGAAAAAAAGAAACGGAGGAUGUGUUACGUGAAUAUUCUUCCUGAGCUGUCUGCCACUGACACCUUGUUUUAAACCCUGAUUGAACCAGCGAUUCGUACAGCAUUUCAGAAGCAACAUGACUCUGUUGAAAUAUGAAAGUUCAAGACAAAGUAAAUGUGGGAAAUCUCAGCACAGUUCCCCUGGGAAGGUCUAAAAAGAAUAAUUCGACGUCAACCAUUUAAUCAAUUACGUUGGUUAUGCACUGUGAUCAAGAGAUGUAAUGUCAUCUGAAAUGUCAUCUGUUGACAUACACUGUUGUAACCUACAAGGCCUCAUGUCUUACCCACUUUGCCUUGCUUUGUUGUUAGGAUGUCUUCAAUGUCAGAAGCAGACUCCCGCUGUAAACCGGGAGACACCAUCUGUAAUAUCCGUGUGUACGAGCAAGAAGUGAUCAUCGUGCCCAUCCUCCUAUUGGCUAGCUUCCUGGUCACGCUGGUCUUCAUCAUCCUGCUACGGUUCUGUCCUGAGAAGGUGGACCGCAUCCGACCACAGAACACUGUGGCCACGUCCAGAUCACAGCGCUCCAGGAGACAACUGCACGGCAUCGAUGCUCCCCUGGGUAUCAACCCGCUGGAGCAUGAGACUAUUGCUCUCGACGCCCCCUCCUACUCUACCUUCUCCCCCACUCACUCCCACCCCUCCUCCAACCAUAUCUCCUCCGUGGGGACUCCCUCUCUCCCCCCCAUCCCCCCACCCAAGACCCUCACCCCAUCCUUCCCGUCCAGCCCCCUGCCCCAGUCCUUCACACAUUCCUUCACUCCUAUGGUCCAGCCCAGGGAGCUGCCUCGCCAGAGGCUGCCAGAGUCCUUCAACCUGGUGGCCUCGCUGCCCGCAGCCUUCUCCUUGCACUCUGACAAGGCCGUCUCCCUCUACAGAGCCCGCAUGGACAACAGGAACGCUGUGCUCCGAGUGCUCAACGACUCUGCGAGCGCCACAGAGAGGCACAACUUCCUGGGCUUUGCUUCCUUCCUGUCCCAGCUGGGGCCACACCCCUUCCUGCCGGAGCUCCUGGGCGUGGUCUCUCUGCGUGUGCCCCUAGUUACUGUUGUUGAGGAGCUAGAGAACAGAGAUCUGCUCAGCUUCCUGUGGCGGUGCAGACAGGAUGGUGUGGGCGGGGACCCUCCAUGUGAGCUCACAGAGAGACGUAUAUUUACCAUGGCCAAACAGGUAGCCUCUGCUCUGGAGUUCCUCCACAGCCGAGACCUUCUUCAUGGCAACGUCCGUGCUCACAGUGUAUUGGUCAGCCGGGAGCUGACGGCCAAGCUGUGGGGACUGGGCGGGGUCUACACCAGGAAUACCAAAGGAGCUACUCAGACUGAAGUUCCUGGCAUGAAGAAAUGGCAGGCCCCCGAGCUAUUGGCUAGGAGGCCUGCCAAUCAGAGCAGUGAUGUCUGGUCGUUUGGCAUCAUGUUGUUUGAAAUGGCGACCUUGGGUGAUGCUCCGUUUUCAGAUAUCUCCGUCAACGAGCUUCUGCAGUUUCACCAGAGAGGGAAAACACUGAGAAAGCCAGCCAACUGCUCCAACUUACUGUACUCCAUCAUCAAGGCCUGCUGCCAAUGGAAGGAGCAGGAUCGCCCCACAUUGGCCGAGGUCGACCGCAAGCUCCAAUCAGGAGAGAAGAGUGCCAACGACAAAGUCCUCAAGGUGCCUGAGUCAAUCAACAUCGAGCAGUACCUGCAGGAGGCUGGAUAUGGGGAGUCCAACAGCUACACUGUUUUCUGAGUGGCGGCUGUGCCGGCCAAUGAAAUGCACUAUGCUGAGGGACGACGAUGGAUUAUAUAUGUACGGCUCCAUUCAUUCCAGAAAGAUAUUCACUUCUGCCCUUUUUCAGUCCCCUUCAUGGAUCUGAAAAACAGACAAAAGCUAUAUUGCUUUCACUUACUCAGUCUCAUCAUAUCAUUGAAAAGGGGUGGAUGAGGGCAGAAGGGAGGAAACUACUUUCUGCACUGAAAUGCUGCCAAUGUCUUUGUGCCAUAGACUUAAGAUAGGUAGACUUGAACAGAUACAAUCGUUGAGUCAACUUCAGUUUGUAGUUGAUUGUGUAUAUCAGUGGAGGCUGCUGAGGGGAGGACAGCUCAUAAUAACGGCCAGAAUGGAGUGAUACCAUUCCAUUU